CAUAGCGUAAGCUUGCCAAAAUGGCUGUUACACUGAGCGUCAUAGAUCAAAUCGGUUUUCAAUAAAAUCUUCGAUUUUUCAAUGACUGAUCCUGUAUUUCAUCACUUUUUAGAUCAGCAUCAUGGACAUGUCCAAGCAAGAAUCUAGCAAGCACAGCCUGCCACCUGUCGGCGUGAGGCAGCAGUCCAUUGGACACCAUUUUUCCUCUCACCUAUCCUCUUCACAACCCAAGACUCCUGUGCCCCAGAGUCCAGCGGUUGCUCCAGGCAAGGGCAAUGGCAAUGGCGAGCAACAGAGCCCAUUUCAGCAGUUUCCGGUACAUCAGGGGCAGGAUCAGCCCACCGGGCCUCAUCAGCAGCAGGAUCCACAGCAGUCUAACAUCUCUGGUGCAACAUCCCCACCAUCUCAGAUGCCUCAGAGCCCUGACCCUUCCCAUGAUCUCCCUAUGGAGCUGCUUCAGAAGGGAUGGAGAAGGUUCUGGAGUAAACGCGAACAGCGCUGGUACUUCUUCAACAAGUUCAACAACCAGUCCAUGUGGGAGAUGCCUCCCAUUGGAAGCCCAGCUGGACCUAAUAGGCAUGAUCCCCUGGGGAUUCAGAUCACAGAAGGCAAGGCUCAACAACCUCCUACCCCUUUACCUGCUGGCUCCCCAGGACUAGCCCCUGUCAGGAGGAAGUCCUCUGUGGAUGGUCACCCUCUCAGUCCGACCAUGAGGAAGGAUAUGCUGAAAGGCUUAUUUUGGGACUUUACUCUGGAAUCGAAUGCUACGAUGCAUGAGAGGUUCCCAUGUACCCUGCCUCCGCCACACAACGACAUUGAACUGAUGAGGAGUGUGCUAGUCAGUAAGCUGAGACAACAGUACCAUGAACUCUGCAUGGCAAGAGAAGGUAUCCACGCACCCAGUGAGUCCUUCAACCGCUGGUUACUGGAGAGGAUGGUUGUGGAUAAAGGCAAGGAUCCUAUGCUACCAAGCCAGUGUCCAGACCCUGUCUCAUCCUCUAUGAUGAGAGAAAUCAUGAGUGACAUUCCUAUCAAAUUGUACAGGCCGAAUCUUCACUCUCAUGCCAGGAAACUUCUAGUGAAGUAUGCUGAGGCUGCAAAGAAAAUGAUAGAGUCCAGGCCUGCUUCAUCAGAAAGCAGAAAGUUGGUGAAGUGGAAUGCCGAGGAUAUCUUCCAGUGGACGCGAAAGCAGCCAAACUGCACCAUUGAUGAGUGCAUGAAACGGCUGACUUACUUGAAGGAUCAGUGUGGUCCUCAUCUGUGUGAAGUAGCGAGAAGUUCCAUUGAGAACAUCUGUACUAAAGUAUACACCCUGUCCUGUGAUACCUGCGCCAAGCUACAGAAGAAACACUGGGAAAUCUUAAAGGAACAUCAUAUAGAAGAGCCGCCACCAUUUACGAGACCACCAUCAGAAAGGAAGAUCCGUUGCUACAAUAUCCAGAUGGCGGUGCAGAGCCCACGGUUGCCGACCGUAGAUGUGCAUGAGGAAGGCUCUGUCACCUGUCUGAGAUACAAGGGAGAGAUGAUGAAGAUCAAUACACAACAUAUGAUGAAACUGGAUGCCUUGUACCAGUUCAACUGCCGUGAUGACCCCACGAGACACAAUUUCUUGCCAAGAGCGUGGUGCUUAUUAAGGAGAUAUCAGACCCUGUUUGGUUUAGGAGAGAACGAGGGUCACAACCUUCAAGGAGCCCUUCCUACAGGAGUCUUCAAAGCUCUCAACGAACACUUCGGGGUCACCUUUGAGUGCUUCGCCUCACCUCUCAACUGUUACUUCAAGCAAUACUGUUCAGCUUUCGUUGAUACAGACAGCUACUUUGGAUCAAGAGGGCCAAUCUUGGACUUCUUUCCCUUCAGUGGAUCAUUUGAAGCAAACCCGCCAUUUGGAGAGGAACUCAUGGAAGCGACCGUCAUUCACUUUGAGAAACUGUUGGAGAGAACCACAGACCCGCUGUCUUUCAUUGUUUUCACCCCUGACUGGAGGGACCCAAUAACCAAUGCUCUCAAGAUGUUGGAAGCCAGCAGAUUCAAGAGGAGACAAGAAGUCAUCCCAGCCUAUGAGCACGAGUACAGGAUUGGCAACCAACACGCGGUUCCAGAGUCUAGCGUUAGUUCGCGUGCAGUACACGGAACCAUGAUGAUCUUCCUUCAGAACGACGAGGGUAACCGGGUGUGGCCACCAACCGAUGAAGGAAUCCGAGCGGUCAUGGAUGUAGCCAAGCCUAAAUCAGCACCUUCUACCCCAAGUAGGAAACGUUCUCCGAAAGACCAAGAGCUAUCCCCUCCCAGGAAGAAGCUAACCAUGGAGAAUGAGUUCAAUGGCAAUGGUAGUAAAACUGAAUCAAGCUACGGUAAUGACAGUCUCAGUGGUUCUGUGUCAUCGUCAUCGUUGUCUUCCGAUGCAGAAGAAUCAAGGAGAGACCUGAUGCACAGCACGUUUGGAACAGCGCCCUCGUACAGCCCAGCAAUGUCAGCCAGGGAAACUGCGCAUACAAAUAACAGAGAACACAAAAGGAACUCCCCGCGUGGAGCAGCAGCAGCAGCUGAUUAUUCGUCUACAGCUGCUUUUGGAAGCACGGUGGAAAAGCAGGAUUUUGACAAUACGAACAAGAGCUGGUUUCACAAUGUGAAGCCUGUUGAAGCUAGCCAUGAUGCAGGACAGGAUAGAGUAAGCUAUGGUAGGAGUAAUAGCAAUGAGGGCUAUGGUGGGUCAGUCAUCCAGCACACGAGUCCAUUAAAGAAGGACAACAUUCUAAGCCCACCUAAGCCUUCCUACAGCACUAGCUCACAAGAGUCUCCCAAAUCACCCAUGAGCCUAGUCAAAAACAUGGACAACAGUAAAGCCAGCAACCUACCAGUUAUCAACUGGUUUGUAGAUACCAAAUCAAAACCAGCCCCUGCAAAGACCUUGGCGGACUACACCGUAGGCAACACAACGGGCAAUUGGACAGAGGCAAUAAGACCGCUGGAAACCAAACCGGUAUUGUCCAGUCCUGUCAAGUUUGAGAGCAAGAGCGGGAGCAAGUGGACUCCGAUCAGCAAGCCGUCCCUUGGUAGUCCCGAGAAGUUGGACGAAGGCAUUGACGUUUAUGAGUGGAAAGAUGAUGAUGAAGACACUCAACCGAUGACCACCAGUCCUCUCAGGAGAGGGGCCAAGGCCAUCGGUAAAGGUGCCAUGAAACUGAAAGCAGUCAAGAGGUUGGAUAGCACUCUAAGCUCCAACCAAACAGCCACCCAGAAGUCCACCGUGGUUGGUGGACGGGUGCUCCGAUCAAGGAGAGGGGAGGCCAAGUGAGAUUAAUAUAGCAGUAGGGCUCAUCUUUCAGAUAGAUGUUUGAAAUAGCUUAAAGGUCAGGUGAAAUCCAAAUAUAAAUUGAUUCCUUUUGAUGUGCAGGGAUGCCUGCAUACAAGUCUUUUUUGUUUGUUAUUCAAACAUCUAAAUAUAUUUCAUAGAUUUGAAAUAAUUUUGAAAAUAAUUUUCUUAGACCUGCUUAGCUCCACUCUAAACAAAUACUCCAGAUCUCAUUCCCCUUAUGACAUCAUCUGUCGAUCAUUAGUGAUCUAACAAGAGACAGUGGUAUGAUAA